AUGACCAGCUCCUCUCCCGCACCCGGGCCCCUGCAGCUCUGCUACGAGAACGUGAACGGGUCCUGUGUGAAGGCGCCCUACUCGCCUGUGUCCAGGAUCCUUCUGUACGCGCUGUUUGGCUUUGGGGCUGUGCUGGCUGUGUUUGGAAACCUCCUGGUGAUGAUUUCCAUCCUCCACUUCAAGCAGCUGCACUCCCCCACCAACUUCCUCAUCGCCUCCCUGGCCUGUGCUGACUUCUUGGUGGGUGUCACUGUCAUGCCCUUCAGCAUGGUCAGGUCGGUGGAGAGCUGCUGGUACUUUGGGAAAAGCUUCUGUACUUUCCACACGUGCUGUGAUGUGGCAUUUUGCUACUCAUCUCUCUUCCACUUGUGCUUCAUCUCCAUCGACAGGUACAUUGCGGUUACUGACCCUCUGGUCUAUCCGACCAAGGUCACGGUGCCCGUGUCUGGACUGUGCAUCCUUAUCUCCUGGGUCCUGCCGCUGGUGUACAGCGGGGCCGUGUUCUACACAGGUGCCUAUGAUGACGGGCUGGAGGAGAUAUCUAACACUGUCAACUGUAUAGGAGGUUGUCAGACAGUUGUAAAUCAAAACUGGGUGCUGAUAGAUUUUCUGUCUUUCUUUAUACCUACCCUUGUUAUGAUAAUUCUCUAUAGUCAUAUCUUUCUUGUAGCUAAACUGCAGGCAAAGAAGAUUGAAAGUACUGGUAGCAAAACAGAAUCAUCCUCAGAGAGUUACAAAGCCAGAGUGGCCAAGAGAGAGAGAAAAGCAGCGAAAACCCUGGGUAUCACGGUUGCAGCCUUCAUGAUUUCAUGGUUACCAUAUAGUAUUGACUCAUUAAUCGAUGCUUUCAUGGGCUUUAUCACCCCUGCCUACAUCUACGAAAUCUGUGUUUGGUGUGCUUAUUAUAACUCCGCCAUGAAUCCUUUGAUUUAUGCUUUAUUUUACCCAUGGUUUAAGAAAGCCAUAAAAGUUAUUGUGAGUGGUCAGAUUUUAAAGAACAGUUCAGCAUCCUUGAAUUUGUUCUCUGAACAAAUGUAA